GCAGCAUGUAGGUGUAAAUGCUUCAUGACUGGCUGUGGUAAUACACACACAGACAAGAAGGAUAUAGACACAACGGGCACAAAGUCACAACUGUUUUAUUGGACAUGACGAAAUGCACUUUUAUUGUCUUCAUGAAACACACACAUUUCCGGCAGCAGACACGAAUAACUAUGAAAAAAAAAAAACUAGAUAAACAUAUUCAACAGUCCUAUGUCAUCUAAACAAAACAAAGCAAUGCAUUCAAAGCACUGUUUUCAUAUUGCUGCAGAUGCCUGCGCAAGCUCACGCUGCUCCUUCUGAGGAGCAGGACUCGGGCAGUGAGCAGCAAGGUUUUCACGACAGAAGUGGUGAAUGCCAGAAGCAGCAUGAGCAAGAGGAAAAUGCAACUCUGGCUGCUGCGGAUGCCAUCUUGCAUCUUUGCCACGUUACACUGGCCCCACCUAUUCCUGCAGAAGCUUGCGCUGCCUCUGCUGAGGAGCAGGACACAGGCACUGACAUGCAAGACUUCAAUGACACAAGUGGUGAACGCCAGAAGCAUCAUGUGCAAACACGUGACCAGUGGACACAGUGGGAAGCCAACCCGUAUGACGACCACACAUAUGUCCAGUAUCUGCCCAUUGGAUUCAGGGGAAAAUCAUUUGCUGAGUCUUUAACUGGAGAUGAUAUCACAUUUUAUACUGGCGUAUCCCAGAUAGUGUUUCAAAAGCUUGUGAAAGCGGUGUCUGCUUUGGCAAAGAAGCCAAGUGCCCUAACACGUGCUGACCAAUUAAUAAUGUGUCUAAUGAGGCUUCGCCUUGGGCUGCUGCAUGGACACCUUGCACGAAUUUUCAAGGUGUCUGUGUCGACUGUCAGCAACAACGUUUUAUACAUGCUGGAUUUGCUCAGCAAAAUCAUGAAGAACGUUGUUAUAUGGCUGCCGAAAUCGUGCAUACAGAACAGCAUGCCGCAGUCCUUUGUGGAAAACAAGCAUGAUGACACAACAUGCAUCUUGGAUUGUACUGAAGUGUUUCUGCAGCGUCCAAAAAAGCUGAUGGCAAGGGCACAAACAUACAGCAGUUACAAAGCUCACAAUACUGUAAAGUUCCUUGUAGCAAUUGCCCCAAACGGGUUCAUUAUGUUCGUGUCCAAAGCUUACGGAGGGCGUGCCUCGGACAAAUUCAUAACAAAUGACAGUGGCAUCAGUCACUACCUUGGACAUGGUGAUGUUGUGAUGGCGGACCGAGGCUUCGCGCUCACAGAUGAGAUGCAAAUUCAAGGUGUACGACUGAACACACCAGCAUUCACUAAAGGAAAACCUCAGCUGACCAACAAGGAAGUGACAAGUACAAGAAGAAUAGCAUCAGUACGCAUACAUGUUGAGCGUGCCAUUAACCGCUUAAAAACUUAUAGAAUAUUCAAGCAAGCCCUGCCCAUACGAUCCAAGAAAACCAUCAGUAAGAUGGUAUUUGUAUGCGCAGGACUCUGCAACUUCAAGUCAGACCUGAUCAAGAAGCCAGGUGUCUAAGAAAAUAAAUAGACUU